AUGAGUGAAACAGUCAAAGUCAUGGUCAGAGCCAGACCAAUUAACAAACGAGAAAUCGCUGAGGGAAGUAGGUUGUGUGUUGAAUGCGAUAGAAAGACAAAUUAAGUUAUAUUGAAGAAGCCAAGUGAUCCCUCUGAAAUGCCCAAAGCAUUCACAUAUGAUUCAUGCUAUGACUGGAAUUCAACUUAAAGAUCUGUCUAUGAUGAGGGGGCCUUUCCCUUAGUAGAGUCAGUUAUUGAAGGUUAUAAUGGGACUAUAUUUGCAUACGGCCAGACAGGUUGUGGUAAAACUCAUACGAUGAUGGGAUAUAAGGACGACCCCGCUGAACGUGGUAUUAUUCCGAAUGCAUUUGAGCACAUAUUUGGGUAUAUUGACUAGGCAGACACGAAAACUAUCAAAUUUUUAGUGAGGUGUUCCUACUUAGAGAUCUACAAUGAAGAUAUCAGAGACUUACUGGGUAAGAACGUCGAUGCUAAGUUGGAACUAAAGGAAGAUCCAAAUAAGGGUGUCUUCGUCAAGGACUUAACAUGCUUCGUAGUUAAGACCAUCUCUGAAAUAGAGAAGCUUAUGCAGCAAGGCUCAGGUAAUAGGAAGGUCGGAGAAACUGCAAUGAAUAAGGACAGCAGUCGAAGUCACUCUAUAUUUACAAUUUACAUUGAAACGUCUGAGGAUAUCGGGUAAGAUGAGCCAAGAAUUAAAGCAGGCAAGCUGAACUUAGUUGAUUUGGCUGGUUCUGAAAGAUAAAGUAAAACCUAAGCAGAGGGCGUGAGAUUGAAAGAGGCCACUAAGAUCAACUUAUCCUUAUCAGCUUUGGGUAAUGUCAUCAGCGCUCUGGUCGAUGGAAAAUCAUAGCAUAUCCCUUAUAGAGACUCAAAGCUAACAAGAUUAUUGCAAGACUCUCUGGGAGGUAACACUAAAACUCUCAUGAUAGCAGCCAUAUCACCAUCUGAUUUUAACUAUGACGAAACUCUAUCAACUUUGAGAUAUGCGUCAAGAGCAAAAGCAAUCAAGAAUAAACCCAGAAUCAAUGAAGACCCUAAGGACGCUUUACUGAAACAGUAUGAAGAGGAAAUCUAAAAACUGAAGGCGUUGCUCAGUUAAGUUCAAACGGGUGGAUCUGUUGUAGCUAACUAAGUUGAUUUGAAUUUGAAUUCUCAAGAACAUCUUAGACUAGGAGGUGAUAAUGAUGAAACUGUGGAUCAAUUACUCUAAAAAUUAGCUAAAAAGGGAAAGAAGAUAAAGAUCUUGGAAGAAAACGGUGACAGUGAAUCAACUACUUCGCCAAGAAAUAAUGGCAACAGAUAUGCUACUAAGAAGAAUUCAAAUCAUGAAAGGAUUAUCGAGCAUGAGGAUGAAGGGAAUGAAGAUGGGGCUGAUGAUGAUAUUGUGGAGGAGAUUGUAGUUAAUGAUAGUUAGUUGAAUAACGGCGUAGGCAAAUCAAAUGGAGUUGUCAAAGGACCAUCCUAAAAAUCAAUUGUAGAUAAAAAAUCAGCUAAUAGAACCAUUAUUAGAGCAUCGAAUUUAGAAUCAGACUAGACAUCAAAUGGAGGUGGAGAAGAUAAUGUCCUCUCUAAGGAAUAAAUUCAAAAACUUAUUGCUUAGAUGGAAGAUCGUUUAGGAUAAAAUAAUAAUGCUCCUGCUAUUGAAGAUGCCAAGUAAAAGGAACGAAUCAAAAAAUAAAGAUAACUUUAGCUUAAGUUAAGAUAAGAGUAAAAGAAAAAUGAGUAAAUUCUGGAGGAAAAGCGUAGACAAGAGGAGGAGUUAUUGAACUAAGAGAGGAAGUUUGAAAAUCUACAGGAUGAAGUUGAGGAACAAAGACGUAUAAUAGAGAAACUGAAGCACAGAAACAGAUAUGCUGAUUCAGAAAUAGAAGACCUUAAGAACGAGUUUGAAUAUCAAAGAGAGGAUCUGCUGGAGUCAGUCCGAGAUCAAUAAAAAGAGUUAGAGUUCCAAAAUGAAGUCAUCAAAGCAAUGCUGAAAGACUAUGAGGUGCAAAAACUUAGAAAUAGAGCUAAGUACGAUGAUAACAAUAAUAAAUGGGUGCUGCCAGCAUUCUUUAUCAAAGAAAAAGAAAUACAUCUGCCUAAAAUCAGAUAAGCUCAAGGAUAAUCCUUGAUUCAACAAGAAUUGGAUAAGAGAGAUGUAGUUUUUGAGGAUCAAUAAGAAUUCUAAGAUUUCCUGAGAUAAAAGUAGAGUCGAGGUGGUGUGCCUGUAAAUGAUUCUAGCAGGAGAAGCAAUCGAGAUAAGUAUUCACAGCUUUCGGCAAUGGACAUAGUCAGAUAAAGUAAACAAGCUCUUGCAAGCCAAAAUGACAGAAAUAUGACGCCUAUAGGUGGAGAUCAAUAUGGAAACGGUGGAAAUAACAACAAUGGUGGAAUAAGGUUGAACAGUGCAAUGGACUUUGAAAAGAACAAGAAAAAUGUGAAGUCUAAUGUUGUUCUCUAGCCUCUUAACUACAAGUCUAGUCAGAAUGGAAGUGCAGUUAAUUAUCAAUAGUCCCCAAUGGAUGAUAUACUAAGAAAUUAAAACUUGGAGAAUCAUCCACUAUUUAAUCCAAAUGGUCCAUCUUCUCAGAAGAAAGGAUAACUUGAAAAGCUCUAACACCAACCACCAUAGCCAUCUUUAACUUAAAUCAGUCUUAAUAUCUCAGAGCACAAUUCGCAUUAGAGUCCUUCCAGUCUGAUUCUAUCUACCAUCCAGCUAGAAAACAAUAAGAAACAGCUGGCACCACUCCAAGGUAGCAAGAGUAAUAACUAGAGCCCCCCUUAAAGAGGAGCAAAGGCUGAAGAAUAAAAUAAAAAUCACAAUUCCAAUACCAUCAAUAAGCGGAAUAGCUUAGUAAAGGGCAGAGCAUUUUUAUAAUCAAUAGGCAGUUAGUCAAACAUCAAUUUAUAAUGA